AUGAGGAGUGGACGGAACCGCGGCGGUGACGGAUACUCACAACGGCGAGAAGAGGUUGUGAGAGGGAAGCGUCCCGUUGUAUCCGAUGACGACUUCGUGGAGGACACGACGAUGGAGAACGCUCCUUUUCCCGAGCCCACGCGAGACGAUGAACCCGUCGAUACACUGACGGACAUUGAGAUGCAGCGUCUCCGCACCCUCCUCGACAUGAUGUUUGGCGGGACGUGGUAUGCAGACAGAGACACAAUGGAGACGCUCCGCAUCGCCGACGACGUCGAGGAGAUGUUCAACAACCUAGGGAUCGGUCAGCUCAUGCACCGUUGA